UGCUUCUCCGACGUACCUUCUCUGCUUAAUCCAAAUUUUAACGCGUUCUUUCGAAUUCGCCCCUCCAAUUUUAAUUUAAUUACGUAAAUGUCCGGAACUCUAAUCUACUUCGCCGUUAACUCCCUUCGAUUCUCGCCGGAAAAUAGCCUUCCUCAACCCAAGGCAACCAGACUCCACAACGGAAACGCGCGGUUUCCCACCGGAGCUACGUCGUUUAGAGCUUCGGCAGCGCAGACUCUCAACGCCGAACCAGCUGUAACGGAAUCCGUUCGCCGGCGAGCGUCGAGCCUCUACGAACUGCUGAGAGUCGACGAAACGGCGUCGUUGACGGAGAUUAAGACGGCGUACCGGAGCUUAGCUAAGGUUUUCCAUCCUGAUGCGUCGUCGGAAUCGGACGGACGAGAUUUCAUGGAGAUUCACAAAGCUUACGCGACGCUGGCGGAUCCGACGACCAGAGCGAUCUACGAUUCGACGCUGGGAGCACGAGGGAGACGAGUGUACGCUGGAGCUACGGGUCGGACGAGUCGGGUUUACCCGACGACCCGGAGAUGGGAGACGGAUCAGUGUUGGUAGUUUAAGUCUUUAGGUUUCCGAUGACUUUUUUUUACUCAAUUUCCCCCUUUCAUUAUUUUUUUAACUAAGGGGUAAAUAAGUUUUUUUUUUACCACAGAUGGUUAAUGAAUAGAGAUAUGUA